GCUGGGGCGCGUCCCGUCGCUGCAGUGGAGACCGGGUGGGAGAACAAGGCGGGCAAGGACCUUUUGACGCUGGCGCAGGAGCGGGGGUCAACGUGCGUCUACGCCAUGCUCGCGAGGGCGCUGGGCAUGGUGCACGAGGUGAAGCGAGAGGCCUAUGCGGAGCGCGAGGCAGUCUGGGUGUUCGCCCAAGGCGAGGUACAGCCCAGGCGUGCGACGGUCGUCGAGGACACGCCGGAGGAGGCCGACGAUGUCCUGAUCGAGUACUGGGAUGGCGACGCGCCCCCGGAGCCCGUUGAGAGGUGCAUGGUGCAAAGGAUGCUGUCGCCAUGAUGGUCGAACAGUCCUUCUCCCUCUCCCUCCCUGUGUGUUUUUCCGUGUGGCUUGGCCUGACAGGGGGCUAGCUGCUGUGUUGUUGACCCAGUUCUGAUCUGGACCGCCUUGCGCAAGGGCAAACACUUGGAGAUGGUAAGAGCUGG